UCGGCACUCGUCCGUAGCCGCGUAGCCGACUAAUUUACCAAUUUAUCAAACAUUGCUCGAGGUGAAGAUUUCUGCCCUGAGAGGAAGUAUAAUGCCCGAAUUUAACUGACCAGGGAUUCUUUUAUCCAAGAGGAGGACUUCUUUUUAUGCUACUCACGUGUGAACCAAACUGGAAUAACCAACUUUGGUAGUUUAUGAAUAACUUGAAAAACAGGAGUUUUCGUUCUCGAAGGCAGCAACAUCAAACGCCGGCGACCAAACACGGCUGGACGCUACCACUACCACGAUACGAUGCCAUACUAUGAAGAGAGCAAAUCUAGCAUUCUAAGCACUUUGUACAUAGAAGAAGGUCGUCAAGAUAUUUAUAAAUGGGGAGUGCAAAGAAAGUCCAAGAGGAAGGGGAUUCGUGGAUGGUUCUACGCGUUUCGAAAGAAAUUUAUCGAUAAAAGCAUUAUAAAAAGUUUUAUCCACAAUCUAACUGCAGUCCUGCUCUUCCAGGUUGUUUUGUCGGGUCUGUGUACAUACAUGUGCCAGAAUUUAGAUUUAAAACUGGAUGUAGACAUUGCACUUUUCAUAUCUCCAAUAAUCUUCCCAUUAGCCUUUUCUAUAAAUGCUGAUUUUCAAAGAAGAGAAAAGGUACUGGAGGACCUUGCCCUUUUCAAAGGAGCUAUUAUUAUCAUGUUCUUCUGUCAUCGAGACUGGCAGGUUGCAGCAGGCUUGGACCAAGAGUUUUUUAAAGAAGUUACAAAUAAAAUCAAGGGAUUAAUUUUAAACAUCAAAGAGUAUCUGUUGACUGAAAAGAUAUCAAAAAGAUCGUUCAUUUUAACAGUUAUUUAUGAGGAUUUUAGUGACAUCAGUCAGAUGAAUGAUCGGGUGCGAGCGUCUAAUUUACCGAGUAACACUCCGCUUGUUACUCGACUUAUCCACUAUCACAACUUAAUGUUCUGGGCGUUUGAGCGUCUCCGAGUUGUUCGCGAGUACAGAUCUCCUCGUACCAUCCGAUCCUUUACCAAGGUCUUUAUAUUCCUGAUGCCUUUGAUACUCUCUCCUUACUACGUGUAUAUUGGAAAGUCAUCGGGAAACACGUGGGGCCCGUACUAUAUCGCGAUUAUCUCGUCAUUCGUGUUUGGGACCCUCCAGGGGGUACAGGACGUGCUCGAUGACCCCUUCGACGGAAUUAGUGAGGACGAUAUUAACCUCGGGCAGUUAGAAGACUGGACAACCCAAUCGAUCCUCGAGAAUCGAACUUAUACCGUCGGCCGUUUCACCGUCACUACAUCGGCUCCGGCAAAAAGCUCCGAAGAACAAACGAGCUCGACUGAGCAAAUACGGGCUGAGGUCGAGCGAUCAUCGUCUUUCCGAAAAGGUAGUAUAAUCCCGAAGCGAUCAAUACUGCGUCGGAUUUCCAGUCGAGAAGACCGCGAGCGCGACGUCGAUUCGAUUGAUACGGACAUGCUGAACCCGGAUGUCGUAUCUAAAGUGAAAACUAUGCAGAAGAAAGGGCUGACGGGGAGUACCACGAUAAUGCCGGGGUACCACCUGAAGGACCAAAAGUACGAUAGCACAGAUGGGAAAAACGAAAGACCUUCGGCAGACAUUCGGAGAAGCGUCUCAGAUCUGAGCGAUGUAGCGCGUUUACGUCGAAAUGGUUACAAGAAGACGGUAUCGUUUACGAUUGACGACGAUAUUGAUUCGAACGAGUCGAAUGACUUACCGGACACUUGCUCGCAUUGUAGUAACGGCUCACGAGCCCACGACAAGUCUCCUUUACUGCGGCGCCGAAUAGACGCCGACGGCUUACGAAAGACUCUCGAUUAUAUCCGAGAUCUCGAUGAUUUUCGUUACGGCAAGUUGUCCUAUCCUUUGGACCCGGACAAUUCUGAAGUGCCUGAGAAUUUACGAGGAGUCUUCCAGAAGCUUGCCCAGAAAUCAAGUACAGAUAGGGUGGUCGGCAAUCCAAGAAAAAAGGGGACUAGCGAAAACCCUUCCAGCCUUUCUAGUUUAUUCAAUCAACCGGAGACUUCAAAAGAAGUAUCAGAACCUUGUGUUGCGUCAGCUGCCCCUACGGAUCCCCCCAGGGGAGACGUUUCUCAACAGGGGAAUCUUCGAACUUCAUUAACACAGCUGAACCCAGAUUGUCCACAAAGCGAAUCUAAAGUUAGCGGACUAGAGAAUGUGGCUUUUAGCGUGAGCAAAGAAGCAGACGACAUAGAAUUGCGACCACUUGACAAUGUGCCCAACGGCUCAGAAAACGAGACCGAGAGAGUCCCGGGCAAUAGUAGUCAGUUGCCGGAAGUGGCCUCUAAACGCCCUGAAAUAUUGGAUAUGGAAGGUGCUAAGAAUCCUGGUAAUUCGCGAUUUAAUGUAAAGCCAAGUGCAUCUGGGGAGAGUGUGGUGACGGUCCAAAAGCUGCCGCGAAGAUUCCAAGUAUCACCAACAUCCCCUGUUUCCAAUAAAGAUGAAAAUCCCUCCAACGGCUCGACGGGGGCUCAGCGGAAACCAUCUUCGGAGAAGUCUUGUUUUACCGACUCUAGCAGCCAAGCUAAGGAUGACCCUACAGGACAAGCAAAACCAGUCACUCAGGACAAACAGGUCGAACCAGUUUCGCCGGAUGAUCAAUCUAGACAAAUACGAGCGAGCAGCUUUUGGGAUUUUACGGAUACAGAUGAGCCCUCAGUAGAGACAAAUGAUGGUCAGCAGAGUAGCCAAGAAGUGCAGGCGCGAUCUAAACACCCGUUGUCUCGGAAUACUUCUGUGGAACAAUUAUUGGAGUUAGCUAAAGAGAACCCACGGGAAGUGUAUUUAUGAUACAAAGAAACAAAUUAUGGCCGACUUACAAUUUAUAAGUGUGAUUAUGUACAGUACCAUUGUAAUUUUUAUUUAAUUAGGGAUACAUAAAAAUGAAAUCUUCGCUUGAAUGUCGUCAAACGAAUAUUAAUUGAACAGAAAGAAUAGUUAUAUUUUGUUGAACUAGGGAUAGAGUGAUGUUUUCUAUAGCUUUUUUCACCCUUUGAAAGUGUCAUUUUAACAUCCAGAGUAGAUUGCGUGUUAUAUUGCUCUACCAGCACAAAGUUACAUGAAAACGCAACACGACAAUUUAGAUAAUAACAAAGUUUGCAGCAUCUUCAAUUUUGCAAUUCUCUAUUUUAAGGUAUUCAUAUGUAAACCUUUUUAAUAGGCUUAUGUUAUAUUCUAAAUAAGUCAUAACAGGUUUUUGACUCAAAACUUUCGUGAUUUUAUAUUGUCUUUGUACAUCUCGUUGAGUCUUCCUACCCCCGUGAAAUGGCAACAAGAGUUCAUUGAUUGGUUAAAACCAGGAAUAUCAAGAUUUAAGAAAAUUAUUUUAUUAAUAUUCAUAUGAAAACUAGUAUUAUGCAUGCGUAGAAUGGAUAAUGUGAGUAAGCGAGUGAAUGAGGGAUUUUUGUAGGUUGUUUAACUUGGUUACCAGCUAUCGAGCACCCUAGAGUCUAAUUUUCAAAGAUUUCUACUCGCAUACAGCGAACUUUCCGCUCUUUGCCUUGGACUCUGGUUAUUCAAGGUUCCACUGUAUCAAUAUUUAAUUAACAUUUAAAUUUUACAGAACAUCUUCAUUGUUAAAUUUGAAAAAACAACUGUUGACACAGAUGACAGAUGCGAGAGAAAAAAAGAAAGUAAUUGAA